AUGGGCCUAAACGAGGACUUCGACGACCGACAGAUCCAAACCGAAGCCGAGCAACAACCAUACAUACCUUAUGAGUAUCAGACUGAGAACAAUGACUCGUGGGCUGGUGCCUUGCCGGUGAAGCAGGGUCUCUAUGACCCUUCUUAUGAGAAGGAUGCUUGUGGUGUCGGUUUUGCUUGUCAUAUCAAGGGCAAGCCUAGCCACAAAAUUGUCAGUGAUGCCCGUAACCUGCUCUGCAACAUGACCCACCGUGGUGCUGUGGGAUCCGAUGCACGAGAUGGUGAUGGUGCUGGUGUCAUGACAUCCAUCCCCCACCGGUUCUUCAUCAAGAACUUUGAGAAGGAGGAGGACAUUAAGCUGCCUCCCCUUGGCCAGUACGCCGUGGGAAACCUGUUCUUUAAGCCCGACGAGGAGACUCUUCAAGAGUCCAAGAGGCAGCUGGAAGAUGUUGCCGAGUCGCUGGGCCUCCGAGUUCUGGGAUGGCGAAGGCCUCCCGUCGACUCGACACUUCUUGGACCUGCUGCCAAAUCGCGUGAGCCCAUCAUCGCUCAGCCUUUUGUUGUUCUUGCCUCUGCUUACGGCACUGGCAAUGCCCCCGAGAUGACUGACCCUGAGAAGUUUGAUGAGCGUCUGUUCGAGCGACAGCUGUACAUCUUGCGAAAGCGUGCUACUCAGAGCAUUGGUCUACACAACUGGUUCUAUCUCUGCUCCCUUUCAAACAAGAACAUUGUCUACAAGGGGCAGCUUGCUCCUGUCCAGGUUUACUCUUACUACCACGAUCUUGUCAACGCCGACUACGAGGCUCACUUUGCUCUGGUGCACUCUCGCUUCUCUACAAACACUUUCCCCUCAUGGGACCGUGCCCAGCCCUUGCGAUGGGCUGCUCACAACGGUGAGAUCAACACACUCCGAGGUAACAAGAACUGGAUGCGUGCCCGUGAGGGUGUCAUGCAGUCCGAUGUCUUCAAGGAGGAGCUUGAGCAGAUGUAUCCUGUUGUUGAGGAUGGUGGUUCCGAUUCCGCUGCUUUUGACAACGUUCUCGAGCUUUUGACCAUCAACGGUGUCCUCUCUCUUCCUGAGGCUGUUAUGCUCAUGGUUCCUGAGGCUUGGCAGGGUAACCAACACAUGGAUCCCAAGAAGGCUGCAUUCUACGAGUGGGCUGCUUGUCAGAUGGAACCUUGGGACGGUCCUGCUCUAUUCACAUUCGCCGAUGGUCGAUACUGUGGUGCUAACCUUGACCGAAAUGGUCUCCGACCUUGCCGUUUCUACGUCAUGGACGACGACCGUAUCAUCUGCGCUUCCGAGGUUGGAACCAUUCCCGUUGAGCCUGAGACUGUAAUCCAGAAGGGUCGUCUUCAGCCUGGUCGCAUGCUGUUGGUCGACACACAAGCUGGCCGUAUCAUCGAUGACAAGGAGCUGAAGGAGGCUGUUUCGAGCCGAUAUGACUUCCGAGCAUGGCUCGACAGUGAAUUGAUUACUCUGCCCAAGGUCGUUGAGAUCAUGGAGCAGGCUCUGGAUCUUGCGCCCAAGCUUGAUGACAAAACUAUCCAGUCCGACCCUCUGCUCCACUCCUACGGCUACACUCAUGAGCAAGUCAGCUUGCUACUCGCUCCCAUGGCGGCUGAUGAGAAGGAGGCUCUGGGUUCCAUGGGUAAUGAUGCUCCUUUGGCUUGUCUGACCCAGGCCCCUCGUCUUCUUUAUGACUACUUUCGACAGCUGUUCGCCCAGGUUACCAACCCUCCCAUCGACCCUAUUCGAGAGUCUAUUGUCAUGUCUCUUGAAUGUUAUGUUGGUCCCCAAGGUAACCUGCUCGAGAUGGAUGCCUCCCAAUGCGGUCGCCUUCUACUUCCUAGCCCUAUCCUCUCUAUCGAGGAGUUUAAUGCCAUCAAGAACAUGUCCAACAAGUACUCUGAGUGGACCGUCAAGACUAUUGAUUUGACUUUCCCUAAGAACCAGGGAGUUCAGGGCUACAUCAAGCACCUUGAUGAGAUCUGCAACGAGGCUUCAGCCGCCAUUGAGGCUCGGGACCGUGUCAUUGUCCUGUCUGAUCGCAACACCUCGGCUGACCGAGUACCCGUCUCUGCUGUUCUGGCUUCUGCCAUGGUUCACCAUCACCUUGUCAGCAACAAAUGGCGAUCCAUGGUUGCUCUUGUUGUCGAGACUGCCGAGGCUCGUGAGGUUCACCAUAUGUGUGUCCUUCUCGGUUACGGUGCUGAUGCCAUUAACCCCUACCUUGCUAUGGAGUGUAUUCUCAAGUUGAAUCGUGAGGGUCUCAUCAAGAAGAAGAGCACCAACGAGACUCUCAUCCGCAACUACAAGCACUCUUGUGAUGGCGGUAUCCUCAAGGUCAUGAGUAAGAUGGGUAUUUCAACCCUCGCCUCUUACAAGGGUGCUCAGAUUUUUGAGAUUCUCGGUCUCGACGAACCUGUCGUUGAACGAUGCUUCAGGGGUACUGCCUCUCGUAUUCAGGGCAUGACCUUUGAGCUCAUUGCUGAGGAUGCCUUCCGAUUCCAUGAGCGAGGUUUCCCUUCCAGAGCCAGCAUUGGCCCCCCCGGCCUCCCCGAGUCUGGCGAGUACCACUGGCGUGAUGGUGGUGAGCCCCAUGUCAAUGACCCUACCUCGAUUGCCAAUAUCCAGGACGCUGUCCGCACCAAAAACGACAAGUCUUACGAGGCCUACUCCCGAUCCGAGUAUGAGCAGAUCAAGAACUGUACUCUUCGUGGUCUCCUUGAUUUCAAGUUUGAGGACUGCACUCCUGUCCCCAUUGACCAGGUUGAGCCUUGGACUGAUAUCGUCCGCCGAUUCUGUACCGGUGCUAUGUCGUACGGUUCCAUCUCCAUGGAGUCUCACUCUACGCUUGCUGUUGCCAUGAACCGACUUGGUGGAAAGUCCAACACGGGUGAGGGUGGUGAGGAUCCCGAGCGAUCUCAGCGUAUGCCCAACGGUGACACCAUGCGUUCUGCCAUCAAGCAGGUCGCUUCUGGUCGUUUCGGUGUCACUUCUGCCUAUCUUGCUGACUCUGAUGAGCUUCAGAUCAAGAUGGCUCAGGGUGCCAAGCCCGGUGAGGGUGGUGAGCUUCCUGGUCACAAAGUGUCCAAGUCCAUUGCUCGCACCCGCCACUCAACCCCUGGUGUCGGUCUUAUCUCGCCUCCUCCUCAUCACGAUAUUUAUUCCAUUGAGGAUCUCAAGCAGCUGAUCUACGAUCUGAAGUGCUCUAGCCCCCGAUCUAGAGUCUCUGUCAAGCUUGUCUCUGAGGUCGGUGUUGGUAUUGUCGCCUCUGGUGUUGCUAAGGCGAAGGCCGACCACAUCCUGAUCUCUGGUCACGAUGGUGGUACCGGUGCUUCUCGAUGGACUGGCAUCAAGUAUGCUGGUCUUCCUUGGGAGUUGGGUCUGGCUGAGACUCAUCAGACUCUGGUCCUCAACGAUCUUCGUGGUCGUGUCGUUGUCCAAACUGAUGGACAGCUCAAGACUGGUCGUGAUGUUGCCCUUGCUUGUCUGCUUGGUGCUGAGGAAUGGGGAUUUGCCACUGCUCCUCUUAUUGCCAUGGGCUGUGUCUUUAUGCGAAAGUGUCACCUGAACACCUGCCCUGUUGGUAUCGCUACUCAGGACCCUGAGCUCCGAAAGAAGUUCACUGGUACCCCUGAGCAUGUUAUCAACUUCUUCUACUAUGUCGCCAACGAGCUUCGAGCUAUCAUGGCCCAGCUUGGUUUCCGAACCAUCAAUGAGAUGGUUGGACAUGUGGAGGUCCUUAAAAUGCGUGACGACCUUCGUACCAACAAGACAGCCAACAUCGACUUGUCUCUUCUCUUGACCCCCGCCCACAAGCUCCGACCUGGCGUUGCCACCUUCAACGUCCGAAAGCAGGAUCACAAGCUCCAUGUCCGACUCGACAACAAGCUGAUCUCCGAGUCUGAAUUGACUCUUGAUAAGGGUCUUCCUUCGAGAAUCGAGUGUGACAUUGUGAACACUGACCGAGCGAUGGGUACCUCGCUCUCAUAUCACAUCUCAAAGCGGUAUGGCGAGGCUGGACUGCCCAUGGACACCGUCCAUGUUAAUAUCAAGGGCUCUGCUGGUCAGUCUUUUGGUGCUUUCCUCGCUCCUGGUGUCACACUGGAGCUUGAGGGUGAUGCCAACGAUUACGUUGGCAAGGGCUUGUCUGGCGGUCGAUUGAUCAUCUAUCCUCCCCGUUCUGCAGUCUUCAAGUCCGAGGAGAAUAUCCUCAUUGGAAACACUUGCUUGUACGGUGCUACUACUGGUACUUGUUUCUUCCGUGGUGUGGCUGCCGAGCGUUUCGCCGUCCGAAACUCCGGUGCCACCGCUGUUGUCGAGGGUGUUGGUGACCACGGCUGUGAGUACAUGACUGGUGGCCGCGUCGUUGUUCUCGGAUCUACUGGUCGCAACUUUGCAGCUGGUAUGUCUGGUGGUAUUGCCUACGUCCUAGAUGUACAUGGCGACUUCCACUCCAAGCUCAACGGUGAGAUGGUCGAGACCAGCGGCCUCGAGGACCCUGCUGAGAUCGCUUUCGUUCGCGGUCUCGUUGAGGAUCACCAUCACUACACUGGCUCCGAGCGUGCCGCCCGCAUUCUCGUCGACUUCAACCGAGCUCUUCCCCGAUUCGUCAAGAUUCUUCCCGUCGACUACAAGCGUGUUCUCAUGGAGGAAGCAGCCAAGGCAGCCGAGGCUAAGCGCGCUGAGUAUAACCUGCCUGCCGUCUCUGGUGUCCAGCACAAGAAGUCCGACAAGGUUGCCAAGCUCCAGGAUCUCGAGGAGGCUGUUGGCGACAACGCCGCAGAGAAGAAGCGUGCUCUUGUCCUCGACAAGACCCGAGGCUUUAAGAUGUACAAACGUCGCCAGGAGAAGUAUCGACCUGUUAAUGCCCGUCUCAAGGACUGGGCUGAGCUGAGUUCCCGUCUUGAGGAGGAUCAGUUGAAAUAUCAGGCCGCCCGCUGCAUGGAUUGCGGUGUCCCUUUCUGUCAGUCUGAGACAGGAUGUCCUAUCUCUAACAUCAUUCCCAAAUGGAAUGAAUUAAUUUUCCAAUCGCAAUGGAAAGAUGCCCUCAACCGUCUCCUCAUGACCAACAACUUCCCUGAAUUCACAGGCCGUGUCUGCCCUGCUCCUUGUGAGGGUGCUUGUGUUCUGGGUAUUAACGAAGAUCCUGUCGGUAUCAAGUCUAUCGAGUGUGCCAUCAUCGAUCGAGGUUUUGAGAUGGGUUGGAUGGUUCCUAAUCCUCCCAAGGUCCGCACUGGCAAGACUGUUGCGAUCAUCGGAUCCGGCCCUGCUGGUCUGGCUGCUGCUGAUCAGCUCAAUCGUGCUGGCCACCUUGUUACCGUCUACGAGCGAGCUGACCGUCUUGGUGGCCUCCUCAUGUACGGUAUUCCUAACAUGAAGCUCGAUAAGCGUAUUGUCAAGCGUCGUACCGAUUUCAUGGCGGACGAGGGCAUCGUCUUCAAGACUGGUGUUGCAGUUGGCGAGGAGGGUCAUCCAUCUCUUCAGGACCUCCGAGCUAGCCACAAUGUUGUUGUUAUUGCAACUGGUGCUACUGUCGCUCGCGACCUCCCUAUCAAGGGUCGUCAACUCGAGGGCAUUCACUACGCUAUGGAGUUCCUGCACAAAAACACCAAGUCUCUUCUCGACUCUGAGCUUGGUGACAACGCUUACAUUAGUGCCAAGGACAAGCACGUUGUUGUCAUUGGUGGUGGUGACACUGGUAACGAUUGUAUCGGAACCUCUCUCCGUCACGGCGCCAAGUCUGUCACCAACUUCGAGCUUCUGCCUCAACCUCCUCCCGAGCGUGCCAACGACAACCCUUGGCCUCAGUGGCCUCGCAUUUACCGUGUUGACUACGGUCACACUGAGGUUCGCCAGCACACUGGCAAGGACCCUCGUGAGUACUGCAUCAUGUCCGAGGAAUUCAUGGACGAUGGUUCUGGCAAGGUCAAGGGCAUUAACACCAUCCGUGUCGAGUGGACCAAGUCUCCCAGCGGUGGUUGGGACAUGAAGAAGGUCGAGGGCUCUCAGCAGUUCUUCCCUGCUGACCUCGUCCUGCUUGCAAUGGGUUUCCUCGGACCCGAGGCUCGUGUUCUUGGUGAUGAAAUUGAGAAGGACGCUCGCAAGAACGUCAAGACCGCCCCCGGCAAAUAUAGCACCAACCUUGAGGGCGUCUUCGCUGCUGGUGACGCCCGUCGUGGCCAAUCUCUGAUUGUCUGGGGUAUCAACGAAGGUCGCCAGGCUGCUCGUGAGAUUGAUCUGUACCUUGAGAAGUACACCAAUCUUCCCGUUACUGGCGGUAUUACAAAGCGCACUGCACAGGAAAUCUUCAGCCAGAUCCAGGUUGAGGCUUAG